CUUUGCCUUAUCAUCACCACACAUGCGAUUCAGUAAACAGAUUCACUGCACUGUACUGCACCAUUUGUUUUGCUGUCCCCCUCCCCUCCCCUCCCCUUCUCCUUCCCUCUUCUUUGAUUGCUUCCACUGUUACUCAUCCUCUCCUUCUUCUUCUUCUUCUCCACUCCGUAUGUCCAUGUGUCUCCUGCCCUGAUUGAUUUCUUGGCUCCAGCUCCUCGCUAACUGUUCUUGGUGGCAGCCAGCUUCUUCCUGUUCCACUGCCUCUUCUUUCUGUUAGGUGUCAGGCUCCUCGGUUCUUCUCUUCAUCGGUCUGAGCUUUCUAGAUUCAACUUCGCCUUUGUUAGUCUGAGUGGGAGGAGUAUUGAUGCCUUGCUUGGCCUGCUAGUUUGCCGUGGAAGAAAGGAAAAGAAACCCCUGGGAAGGGGGAGAAAAAGAUGCGAGGCUUGAGUAAGCUAGGCGUCGGGCUCACGGUGGUGUCCGCGCUCCUCCUCCUCGCACUCGCCGCCGAGCUCUACUACCUCCUCGUGCACAAGCGCCGCCACCGACGACGCGCCGCCGCCAUCUCCGACGCCGCAUCAUCACCCUCCUCCUCCUCCCGCGAGCUGCUCCAGCUCUUCUGCUUCAAGAAGCCGCCCGCGCUCGCGUCCACCUACGCGCAGGAGCCGCGCCAAGCCGACGACGCCGUGGCCGAGGUCGUCGUCGACGAAGAUGACGACGACGACGACGAGACGGUGGAGGCGCAGCUGAUGCGGCUCGGCAGCCUCGUCGGCCCACCGCGGCUGCUCUUCACCAUCAAGGAGGAGACGAAGGAGGACCUCGAGUCCGAGGACGGCCGGAGCAGGUGCGGGAGGAGCCGGAGCCUGGGUGACCUGCUCCAUUGCUCCGAGACGCCGUUCCUCACGCCCUCGUCCUCGCCCCUCCCGCCGGCCAUGGAAAAGUCGUACAACCCCCUGUUCGAGUCCCCGGCGGCGAGCCCAGCCCCGGUGGCGGCGUCACCGCCGCCCAAGCUCCAGUUCUUGAAGGAUGCGGAGGAGAAGCUGUACCGGCGGGCGCUGGCCGAGGAGGCGAAGAGGGCGCGGGGGUCGCCUUCGCCAUCGCCGGCGGCCGACGAGGACGGCGGGUACAUCACCAUCGUGGUGGGGAAGAACACCCGGGUCAUCCCCUUGCCUUCGCCUCCCGCUCCUGGCAGCGCCUGAAAAAGGUGGCUUUUGUUAACUUGUCUGAUGCAGAGUCAGUCAGUGUUCCGUUCUAGCGUAGCCUCUGUGCUAUGAUCUUUUUCUGAUCAUUCCAAUUGGAUGAUUGGAUGUCCUGUAGAUAACAUGAACAUGGCGAGGAACUGAGAACUUGGGAUCAAUCCCACUAUUUUCGUUUACUAUUUGUAUCUGUAGUCUGUGACUUGUGACUUAAAGGUGCAGGUUAAUCACUGUAAUUUUGUUGUUGUAGGAGACAAAACAUUGUACUCUUAUGCUAUGUAUGAACAUAAAUGGACUCAGGUCAGCA